UUUUUUUAAUUUUUUUUUUAUAACAAUCUCUUCUUACACCAUUAUUCUCCCUUCUUUAGUAAACAUGCUGUCCUCACUUCACAACAAGUUCUCUUCACUAAUUCACCAUUAUAGGGAGAAGUAUGCAGUUAAAGAUGCAUCAUUAUCUCAAGAAAGCAGCAAAAAUGUCGUCACUAGCAAGAAUUGGGACUAUGAAAUCCUUUUCAAGGGUGCCGAAGAUGUUCCCGUAGGAGAUAUCCUCACCUCAGACCCUUAUCUAGAAGCCUAUCUUGGCCCUCCAACAGAUCCAGCAACAUUGGCUUAUAUUACUGGAGUGCAUUGGAGCACGUUGAACCCCGUCUGGAAUGCCAAGUGGAGCCUUUUGAAUGUUCCAGAAGGAACUGUACUCGAAAUGAAUAUUAUGGAUAAAGACAAAAUGAAAGAGGACACACCGUUGGGAAAAGCUUUCCUUGAACUCGGAUCCAAACUCGAUGGCACUUUGGAACAUGUUCUAGAAAUCACAAAACCGGAUGGAAAGCAAAGGGGUCAUGUGUUGGUUCAAACGAAAGGAUACAGAAGUGCAGGCGAAUCUGCAGCAUUGACCAAGCCUUCAACCAGAGGUCCAGCCCGUUACUCACGUCAUACAAGCUAUGCUGCCGGUGUCUUAAUUUGGGAGAACAAGUACGAGUUUUAUGCAUACCGUAUCCGCCUAUACCACUUGAUUGAUGUCUUUGGAUCAGACCGUCAGCAUUGGAAUGUCAAAUAUGAAAACUCUAAACGGAUUUUUGCAGACACUUAUGAAAGCUUAAACAUCCGCAACGCCAUUCAUUCUCAACAUUCUUAUCUGUAUCGUCAUGGCCAUAAUACUAUCUAUGGUGAGCCGGCAACGGCAGCUGACCUAGGCAAACUAUUACAUGGUGAUCGGUUGAAGAACAAUCCGGAACAGGAUUUAAAGAUGGUGGUAUUCACAUAUAGUCUUAUCCCCAAGGGACUAUACUUUUCAGAAACUGGAGCAGCCUUCUUUCAGGAUUUCAUGUCCAAACACGCAAUGCAUGCUAAUCGUGCAACUGAGGUCAUUUAUGCGGGCGAGUUCCGAUUGUUCAGGGAUGAGUCCCAUCAUGACGACUGGACAUUGAUGAUCGACAAUAAUUCGGGAACAUAUGCACCCAAGAAGGAGGAUCUGCCCAGGUUGAAGCGGGUGUUUGAGCUUAAUUUUCCGGAUUUAGUCGUCAUUGGUUUGGAUCAUGAGGAUCCUCAACUGAAGGAAAUUCGAGAAGAAACUGAGAAGAUUGAAGCCGAAAUGGCUGCAAAGCGGAAGCAAGGUUUCUCAUUAUUCAGUGGCAUGACCUCUCGUGCAGAGGAUGUUGAAGACGAGGCAUAGCACACAUUCAUAUUAAUGUUAAUAUUGCAAAAAUAUUUUGUACUACUAUGUCACCAUUACGAAUAAAAACAGACUCUUUAUAACGC